UAGUAAAAAUCUGUGAUUUGAUUUUAUCCGUAGGUAAGCAGUCCAAACCCUGUGUACGGUAAGGCGGUUUUUGGAUGGGAUUUGAACCCUGGUUCUGCCGUGUGUAGACUGGCGCGCUUAUCGCCUCGGCUUCCGGAUCCUGGACUAGACUAGAACUAACCUUCGAGCCGACUGCACUUUUCUUUCGUGGCGACGAGAAGUUAAACGAAUCUGCGAAGUGCAGCAACGAGAAAUAUCGAAUGCAGUCCAGUCCAGCAAACGAGAAAAUAACGUGCAGUACCGAGAAGCGUCAUGAGCUUGAACCAGGACGCCGAGACGCCAUCGCGAAACCGUCAGCACGAGGAGGUCAACGGCCAACCGAAUGGCGAUUGGCUUCAGGAGCUGUUCAGAAAACAACAAGAAAUGCUCGUAAACCAACAACAGGCAUUUAUGGUGCAGCAGGAACAGCUGAUUAGUACGAUCCUCCGGACCGUGCGUACCGAGCCGAAACCGGUAAGUUCCGAGCAAAUCGUGGAUUUGCUGGCAGGAAGCAUAAAAGAGUUCAACUAUGACCCGGCCGCAAGGGUCACGUUUGCCGGUUGGUACGCGCGGUACGAGUCACUUUUCGAGAAGGAUGCGGAGAGGCUCGACGACGGUGCGAGAGUGUGGCUACUUUUACGCAAGCUCGGAAUGGCCGAGCACGAGCGGUAUUGCAGCUACGUUAUGCCGGCGAAGGCGAAUGAUUUCGAUUUUGCAACCACGCUGAGGAGUUUGAAGCUGCUGUUUGGCUCACAGGAGUCUAAAGUGAGUCAACGUUUCAAGUGCUUACAGCUAACGAAAAGUGCAACAGAAGAUCAUGUAAUGUUCGCGUGCCGUGUUAACAAAGCAACUGUUGAGGCUGAAUUAGGAGGUUUGUCCGAGGAAGCGUUGAAGUGCUUGAUUUUUGUGUGCGGUCUUAAAGAUGAGAGAGAUGCGGAUAUACGUAUGCGUCUGUUAAGCAAUAUAGAAGAGCGAAAUGAUGUUACUUUAGGCCAGUUAACGGAAGAUUGUCAGAAAUUGAUAAAUUUGCGUCGCGAUACGGCAAUGAUAGAGGGAGAAGUGCGUCAAAUUAGUAGGGUCAGUGAUGACAGUAAAUUUCUGUGGCACAAGAAGCAUCAUUCACAACCUCAAGGAAGUAGGCCUCAAGGUAGCAAACCGCCCGUAGAAUGUUGGUUAUGUGGAGGAAAUCAUUUUGCGCGUCAUUGUUCGUUCAAGAGACACAAGUGUGUUCGUUGCCGAAAGACGGGACAUAAGGAAGGAUUUUGCGAUACAGCAUCACGUGUUUAUCGAGGUAGGUCACUAAAGCGUUUGCGUACGGUUUUAGUGAAUGCGAUCAAUUCCGUGAACCGUGGUUUUGUUAGUGUCAGUUUAGCAGGACAUGCUGUGAGAAUGAUGGUAGACACAGGUGCCGAAAUAACCAUAAUCUCUGAGAGAAACUGGCAGCGCAUCGGUAGACCAAUGCUUCGACAAGCAUCGAUUAAAGCGAAAUCGGCGACCGGCAAUUGUUUAGAAUUAUUGGGCGAGUUCCAAUGUAUGCUCACGAUUGGGCAGCGAUCAGAAGAAGGUACAGUGCGCGUUACGAAAGAAGACCUCAUGUUAUUAGGGAAAGACGUAAUGGAAUUGUUUGGUUUGUGGGAUGUACCACUAACAUGCGUGUGCAAUAAGGUGACCGACGUCACAACGAAUUCCCAGGAGGUAACGAAACUCGAAGAGUAUAAGGAUUUGUUUUCCCACGGGUUGGGACACUGUACCAAAAUGAAGGUUAGACUAGAACUUAAAGAUGAUGCGAUUCCGGUAUUUAGACCAAAACGUCCAGUGAGCUAUGCGAUGCUCCCAGCAGUGGAUGAGGAACUAAAUAGGCUCGAAAAAGAAGGAAUUAUAUCUCGCGUGAAUUAUUCAGCAUGGGCAGCGCCUAUCGUAGUAGUGCGCAAGGCAAACGGUUCGUUAAGGAUUUGUGGGGAUUACUCCACUGGGCUGAAUAAUGCGUUACGACCGUACGAGUACCCUUUACCGCUCCCUCAAGAUAUAUUCGCUAGCCUAGCUAACUCGACUAUAUUCAGUCAGAUAGAUCUGACCGAUGCGUUUCUGCAAAUUGAAGUAGAUGAGGAAUGUCGAGAACUGCUAACCGUAAAUACGCACAGAGGCUUGUAUUCUUACAAUCGGCUUCCACCUGGAGUUAAGGUUGCACCAGGCGCCUUUCAGCAAGUAAUGGAAACAAUGUUAGUAGGACUUAAAGAUGUGGCUGUCUACUUAGACGACAUUGUCAUAGGUGGAGCAGAUACGGUUGCGCAUAAUAAGAAUAUUAGAGCUGUACUUGAUAAGCUAAAGGAAUACGGGUUUAGGAUACGCCCUGAGAAGUGCAAUUUUAUGCAACAGCAGAUUAGGUACCUAGGGCACAUUUUGGAUCGUAAUGGGUUAAGACCUGAUCCGGCCAAAAUAGAGGCGAUCACGAAAAUGCCAUCACCAAAACAGCCUUCAGAAUUGCGAUCAUUUCUUGGUGCCGUUAAUUAUUAUGGGAAAUUUGUCCCACAGAUGCGCAACCUACGAUACCCUUUAGAUGAGCUUUUGAAACGAGAUAAGGGUUGGCAUUGGAGCACAGAAUAUCAGGAAGCAUUUGAGAUGUUUAAGCGAAUGUUAAGCUCCGAUCUUUUGCUUACAUACUAUGAUCCGCAAAAAGAUAUAAUAGUGGCCGCGGAUGCGUCUUCAGUAGGAGUAGGGGCUACGAUAAGCCACAAAAUGCCGGAUGGAACUGUGAAAGUAGUGCAGCAUGCAGCGCGAGCGCUGACAAAAGCAGAAGAAGGUUACAGCCAACCAGAUCGAGAGGGCCUAGCUAUUAUAUUUGCUGUCACGAAGUUCCAUCGUAUGAUUUUCGGGCGGAAAUUUACACUACAGACCGAUCACGCUCCGUUAUUACGGAUUUUUGGUUCACGCAAUGGUAUUCCAGUGUAUACGGCGAAUAGGCUACAGCGUUGGGCCUUGACCUUGUUGAUGUACGAUUUUAAGAUCGAAUAUGUGCCGACAGAUAAAUUCGGAAACGCAGACGUUCUAUCACGUUUAAUAGAUAGACAUGAAAGGCCAGAACCGGAAUUUGUUGCAGCAAGUAUUAAUGCGGAUAAAGAAGUGCAAUGUCUAGUUAGAUGUAUCACGGAAGUAAUGCCACUUACGUUUGAAGAUAUUGUGCGUGGAACCAGUAACGACGUUAAAUUGGAACAAGUAGCGAACUACGUUCAAAACGGAUGGCCGACUAGGAAACUGGUGGAUACUGAACUCAGAAGUUUUCAAGUUAGGAGCGAAUCUCUAUCCACCUUUAACGGAUGCAUACUAUUUGGCGAUCGAUUAGUGAUUCCAAGAGAUCAAAGAUUAAAGUGUUUAGCUCAGCUUCAUAAAGGCCACCCGGGCAUUGAGAGAAUGAAGGCCCUUGCAAGAAGUUACGUUUAUUGGCCCGGGUUGGAUCGCGACAUAGAAGAAAAAGUAAAGCGUUGUAGUAAUUGUGCAAGUGCGGCUAAGUCAAUGGCUCAUAGCAUACCAAUCCCAUGGCCAGCAGCUAAAGGUCCCUGGCAGCGCGUGCAUGUCGAUUUUGCCGGACCAAUAGGAGGAAUGCAUUAUCUGUUAGUUGUUGAUUCUUAUUCUAAGUGGCCGGAGAUUGUAGCGACUCCAACAAUCACGUCUAGUGCGACUAUUCAAAUUUUACGAGGGAUAUUUGUUCGAUUUGGAAUGCCGAAUACCUUAGUGAGUGAUAAUGGGGCACAGUUCACGAGUGCAGAAUUUAGUACAUUCUGCACAGUUAAUGGUAUAGAACAUCUGCGCACUGCACCCUUCCAUCCCCAAUCAAACGGACAGGCCGAAAGAUUUGUAGAUACCUUUAAAAGGGCUUUAAAGAAAUUGGAAGGGGAAGAAAAUACGAUACAAGAAGCUUUAGAUGUUUUUCUAAUAACGUACCGAAGUACACCACACAAACUUCUAGAGAACGAUCAAUCGCCAGCUGAGGUUAUGUUAGGCCGUCGUAUGCGGACUUGUAUGGAAUUAUUACGGCAUCCAGCUGAGCCAGUUAUAAAUGAAACGAAUUGCGCAAUACUAUCAAAAGUGUACAAUAUGAAUGAUCAGGUCUAUGUAAAAAGGUAUUUUAGAAACAAGUGGAAAUGGGUGCGCGGCAUAGUUCAAGGGAAGUUAGGAAGAGUAAUGUAUGAAGUGCUUACUGAAGAUAACAAGCUACAAAGAUCGCACGUAAACCAACUUCGUAGACGAUAUGAUAAUACUCAGCCGGUUUUGAACAAACCCCGUAUGUUAGACGUGCUGUUAGACACUUGGGGUAUAGACGCGUGUAAGCCAGCAUCAUCAUCAGUAUCGCCCUGUAUACCGCAUCAUCAAACAGCAUCGCCGUUAUCAUCAUCGUCAUCGUCAUCUAUAUCGCCGUCGUCAUCGUUUCCGUCAGUACUUCCGUCAUCACCAUUGUAUUCGUCAUCGUUGGCACCAGCAGAGGGAAGUACCUCAAUGUCUCCGGGAUUUGCAACAGCCGAUAGCGGACCAACAACACCGGUGGAACAUCUACGCCGAUCUACGAGGGUUCGAAGACCGCCGCAGUGGAUGGAGCCUUACCGCCGGAAUUAGGAGGGAGAUGUUGUGGAGAUACGGUUGUGUCGAAACCGUGCUUAGUACACAGCCUUGUGUACUAGGCUUCACAACCCGACGAGUGACAAAUGUCACUCGGUGCGGUGUGUGUGUAUGCGGAGUUUUAUCUCUCUCUUCUAUCGCCAGCGGUCGCCGAAGCAGGAUGCGUGAAAUAUACGUUAAGUAAUUGUAUUCAAAGUA